AUGCCGCAGGAUUCUCUGGACAACCAGAUGGCCAACAAGCAGGGCAAGGGAAUCGAGGAUGAAGACGAACCUGCAACCCAAGCAUUGGACGAAGACGACGUUGUGAUUAUGCGCACCUAUGGUGUUGGCCCCUAUGUGGAGCCCAUCAAAGUCGCCGAGAAGGAGGCCAAAGAGUACAUCAGUAAGAUCAACAAGCUCAUAGGUGUCAAGGAGUCGGAUACCGGGCUGGCACCACCCAGCCAGUGGGACCUGGAGGGCGACAAGCAGAUGAUGAAGCAGGAGCAGGCCCUGCAGGUGGCGCGGGUCACAAAGAUUAUCGACCCAGGAACGGAUGAUACCAAGUAUGUCAUCAAAAUUCGCGAAUUUGCCAAGUUUGUGGUUGGCUUGGGAGAGAAGGUCUCCGCCACUGAUAUUGAAGAGGGCAUGCGUGUGGGCGUUGACACCUCCCAUGGUGGCAAGUAUCGAAUUCAGAUUCCACUUCCACCGAAGAUUGAUCCCAGCGUCACGAUGAUGACCGUCGAGGAGAAACCCGAUGUGACCUACAACGACGUCGGUGGUGCUAAAGAGCAGCUGGAGCGCUUGAGGGAGGCGAGAGAGCGGAGCGGAGCGCGGCCAGCCGGCCACCAGCAACCGGGGAAGAAGACUACAGAUGGAGGGCGUAGUGAGCUCCCUGGAAUGAGAAAGGAUAUGUUCGACCAGAUCAAGGAUUCCAAGAACAAAGGCCCAGGUGGACAAACCGCGAAGCGGGCUGACUGCCCCAAGAGCGACAAGCUCUCACCCUUCAGAGCCUUUUGCAUCGUCAAGGGCGAGAUCUAUGUCAAGAUCAAUGACACCGAAGAGAAAUGCAGAAGAGUCAUCAGCAUAGGCGGCGCCAACGCCUCGGCGCUCUUCGACGCCUCGCGCACCUGUGGCGCCGUGGGCGAAUGGAAGCGACGGGUGGCCGAAGAGCUCAGCGCCGUGUACUUCGUCGGCGGUUGGGAGGAAUGGCCCAAAAGUGAGGGCGAACCGGUGGAGUUGGAGUUCGAAGAUGGCAACCUCUCAGUUCCCAUCACGCCUGAGAACUACGAGGUCAUCAAGGAAUGCUGGGCUCGAGGCUGCGGCUGUGAACAGGCGGCCAACCCCAAGAUGAAGGCAAUCUUGCUCUCGAUGCUGGUGAUUUGCGUUUUCGGCAUUGGCAGAGAUGGCGUGAAGCUCAUGUACGAAAAGUUCUUCGGUGGUUCGAAGAAAGAAAAGGAGAAGGAGAAGAAAGAGAAGAAGGAGAAGAAGGAGAAGAAAGAAAAGAAAGAGAAGAAGAGCAAGAAAGGCGGCGAGGGCGAGGCCUCGGAGGUCGCGGGCGACGAGUCCACUGAGACGAAGAGCGAGGUGCCGGACGAGGGCGAGAAGAGCGGCAAGGAGACCGAUGGGGAGAAGGAGAACGAGAAGGAGGAGGAGGAUGCGAAGGAUGAGUCUGGCACUGCAGCUGAUGACAAGUAG